AUGACCAAGGACUGGGAAUCUGUUCGAGACAAGAUCAAAAAACUGUCGGUCGACCAAAAGAAAUCUCUCCAGGAUGUGCAAGCUAUUAUGGAGGCGAAGUAUAACUUCAAAGCCUCAACAAGAGCAUAUCGCAUGAGAUUGAAAGAAUGGGGCUAUUUGAGGUAUAAGUCUCGUCAAGGGGCCUCAACUCAAAGAGGGCGAAGCGAAACUCUGGAAGGAGGGGAGGCUGAGGAGAGCGAGGAUGGGAGCGAUCAGAGUGGUGCAGAGAGAGUGGACGCGAGUAUGGUGAAUGGGCUUGGGGUAGAAGAGCAGGUUGUUCCAUCGACACUGGAAGCGUGGAGCCGAGGCUUGAGUGCGGUCAAGGAGAUCUUGAUGACCAUGCUCGACGCUGUCUUAGACGAGGACGCCGAGAGGCUCGGGCCGCUGGCUGAGAAGUAUCCGGAUCUACUGCAGUCCCCCAUUGGUCUCCCAUUCGACACUCCUGACUCUCGCUUCUUCGACCAUCCGGCAAUCCAGAAUAUCGUCCUAUUACAGCACCCUAACCAAACAAUCCUUGACAUCGCGGCUGCUUUACCAUCUGGUGGGGCGCUGUGGGUUCUUAUGGAAAAUGGCGCUAACGGAUCCAUACAUCCGCAGGGCAUAGACCUGGCUCUCUACAAUGCGAUCAGGAACGGGCGAACAUAUACAGUCCAGAGAUUGAUAGAGACCGGCCGAUCAUACCCAAACGGAAAUGCCGUUACGCACUGGCGACCUCUUUUGCAAGCCGCCUCCUGGAAUUAUCCGGAUGUUGUCCGCGUGUUGCUCGACAAGGGAGCGGAUGUGAAUGAAGCUGCUCCGCUCUUGGGCGAAUUGUCGUCCCGAACUGCUCUGCAAGUCGCCCUGCACGUACGGGCUAGAGAGUACGCCGGUCCAGUAAUAAGAGAACGCUCAGAACGGAUUAUAAAAAUGCUGCUGAAUGCUGGUGCUAAUAUUUUCGCUCCUCUGCCAGAGGAUCACCUGAACUCGACGGGCUGGCUCGUGGAACCAUGGCAAAACAGCCCGGCUUGGUUUGCGGAUCUUAGUUCCACUAGCCGGCAGUGUCUCGAAUCCUUUAUUCGCAAAGGUGGGGACCUGCAAACACCGUUUGCGGCUUUCCCCUGCACGGCGCCUAUGGGAAACACACUGAUGCACCAGCUGUUGUGGCAUGCAAGUCCAAAGUUAGCUCGAGCCCUCAUCGACAAUAUGGAUCCGAGGCCGGAGGCAAAUGGGACCGUACUGCAUGAACUUGUGGGAGGCUGUCCAAAUGCAAGCCGACAUCCCUCGGACAUCUUGAGUGACAUAUCCACUCUACUCAGCAGAGGCGCAGAUCCGAACCUGCUGAACGUUCAGGGCGACACUCCAUUGACGGUCUGCCUACAGCUCUGCCCGCCAGUGGAUCUUGUUGCUCGUCUGGCAGCGCUACUGAAAGGAGGUGCUGACCCUGAGCUAGACGCAAAUGGGAUAAAGCCAGCUGUCUAUGCCGCACGCACCUAUGAAGAACCGUUAAGGUUUGAGGUUCUGGAGCUUCUUGUGUCGCACUUUCGAGGCUCCCAUUCUUCCCUUGAUUCUGCCUUGUGGGCUGAUGGCCUAUGGCCCAUAGGCGACGACGUUUCCCUCGGUGACAUUCUGGUGUAUUGCGGCCAGAACCCUGGGAAUGCCAGUUUCGACGUUUCCAUGCAGCGCGUAUUGCCUACCGAUGUCAUUCCGUCCUUCCGCGAUGCUGCUAUCAGUGUUGCGACGAAGAAACUUCUGGCCAAAUAUGAGAAGCUUGUCCUGACAUCCGGAGUUCCAAUGACGGCUUCUCAAAAACAUGAACUACAGCACGUCAUCACCCUACGGCAAUUGAAAAACCUACCCGACUACAAGUUUUCUCAGGAUUUCGUCAUGGCCCUGAUGAGGCCGAACUGGAAUCCAGCUCUUAUCAAAGGGGACGAUAUUCUGAUGACAGACGUAUCCGCACAAGUACCAACACCGUACGGUUUCCAAUCCGGCUCUCCCAUAGGCGUCCCGAUCACGCAGUCACCCGCGGGAUCUGCGGUUGUCUUCCCUUCACUGUCCACGGACACUGCACGCUUCCAUGCUACGCCACCUUCCCACUCCAGUCCUAGUAACUCGUCUGGUGCCACGAACUCCUUCGUGCCUGAUGCGACGUUAGUAAUGUGGCCGGUGAGCAAGAGGACUGUCUUCAAGGAGCUAAAUCCGGCGAAAAUGGUUCGCAGCGACACCUGA